CACCAGUCCCGCGUGCAGGCCCUAGCUGACGCUCAUGACAGAGCUUAUCAAGUCUACCAUGAGAAAUACUCGCCAGCAGAUGGAAAACUGUCCAUUGCUUUAGGAAUGGAUCACAUCUUGGAUAGCACUUCAUCAGAACUGCUGUCAGUUUCUCUGCAGGAUUCAUUAGACUUUCUGUCUCUCAACCUCCAUUACAAUUGUGGAAGUGAAGCAGAUUUCUAUGUGAAAUUGGGUGAAUUCCAGAAUAUCUGGAAGGACACGGAGAUUUUGCUUUUUAGUCUGAAAUUCCUUGAUUGUAGUUCCAUGGAAGAGAAUCCAUUCAUACCAGUGGCUUCUAUUGUCACAGCCAUUAAUAAAGAAAAGGCACGUACGAUUGGGUAUGAUGUUAAUGAAUUCUUGGACUUCUCAUCAAAUCAUGUUUUAAGCAUAACAAAUACUCUACAGGAGAAGCCAGUUGCUGUUCUUGCCCCCGGCUCCUCCUAUCAAACCGUCUGGGAAAUGUUUGCUAACCAGUCUGAACUGGAGAGGGAUUCUUUUCUGCAGGAUGUUUUCCCAAGUGGUUUCCUCUGGGGCACAUCCACAGGUGCCUUUAACAUUGAAGGAGCUUGGGCAGAGGAUGGGAAAGGAGAGAGCAUUUGGGAUCAGUUUGGGCAUGAAGGCCAUGUCUACAUGAAUCAAACAACAGAUGUGGCAUGUGACAGCUACUAUAAAACCAGCUAUGAUGUUUAUCUGCUCAGGGCUCUUCAGCCCCAACUAUAUAAAUUUUCUGUAUCCUGGCCCAGAAUUUUCCCUGCUGGCACCAAUGAGAGCAUCAGCUCCAAGGGUGUGGAUUAUUAUAACCAAUUAAUUAACAGCUUGCUAGACUCUAACAUUGAGCCCAUGGUGACUCUGUUCCACUGGGACCUCCCGCAAGCUCUGCAGGUUCUCGGUGGCUGGCAGAACGAAAGCAUCAUAGAAGCUUUUGCAAACUAUGCAGAUUUCUGCUUUGCAACCUUUGGGGAUCGGGUCAAGUUCUGGAUUACUUUUCAUGAGCCUUGGGUUAUCAGCUAUGCUGGCUAUGGCACCGGAGAGCAUCCCCCAGGAAUUACUGACCCUGGAGUAGCAUCUUACAAGGUGGCUCACACGAUUCUCAAGGCUCAUGCCAAGGUCUGGCACCUGUAUAAUGACAGAUACCGUUCUCAGCAGCUGGGAAAGGUAGGGCUGGUGCUGAAUUCAGACUGGGCUGAACCCCAGACUCCAACCAACUCUGAGGAUGUGAGAGCAUCUGAGAGGUACCUGCAGUUCAUGCUUGGCUGGUUUGCUCACCCUAUAUUUGUUAACGGUGAUUACCCAGAUAUCCUGAAAGCUCAGAUCCAGGAAGUAAACCAGCAGUGCUCCGCGACAGUUGCCCAGCUGCCUCUGUUUACUGAGGAGGAGAAGUCCUGGGUGAAAGGGACUGCAGACUUCUUUGGUCUUUCUCAUUACACUUCCCGCCUGGUUAGUGCCGUGACUAACAGCACCUGCACUCCAGGCUACGAGAGCAUUGGGAACUUCUCCCUGCAUGUAGAUCCUUCGUGGCCACAGACUGCCUCCCCUUGGAUCCAUGUGGUCCCUUGGGGAUUAAGAAGGCUGCUGAAGUUUGUGUCGCAGGAGUACACAGGGACGAAGAUCCCGAUUUACAUAGCAGGAAACGGUAUGCCAACGCAGGACGGAGGGGAUGUUAUUAAUGACACUCUGCGAGUGGACUAUUUCCGCCGGUACAUCAAUGAGGCUCUAAAAGCGGUAAAACUAGAUACAGUUGAUGUUCAGUCAUACAUUACUCGAUCCCUGGUUGAUGGCUUUGAAGGCCCAAUGGGGUACAGCCUAAAAUUUGGGCUACAUUAUGUGAAUUUUGAAGAUAGCAACAGACCAAGGACCCCUAAGGCAUCUGCUUAUUUCUACUCCAGUGUUAUUGAAAAGAAUGGUUUCCCAUCCGAAGUCUUGGACAAACUUUCUACCCCGGUGGCAUUUGAGCUACCCAUGUCAUCGAGACUGCCGAAUUUACCAGCCUCUGAAGUUCCCUCAAAGGCAAAGGUUGUCUGGGAGAAGUUUUCAUCCCAAACAAAGUUUGAAAGGGAUAUGUACUUCUAUGGCACCUUCCCAGAGGGCUUUAUGUGGGGUGUGUCUACUUCUGCCUACCAGAUAGAAGGAGGUUGGGAUGCUGAUGGCAAAGGACCCAGCAUUUGGGAUACUUUCACCCAUGUCCCAGGGAACAUAAAUAAUAAUGAUACUGGAGAUAUAGCUUGCGAUAGCUACAACAAAGUGGAGGAAGAUCUUUACCUGCUGAGAGCCUUGGGGGUAAAGAGCUACCGUUUCUCUCUGUCGUGGCCUCGGAUUUUCCCUAGCGGAAGGAACAAUUCAAUAAACAGCCAUGGAGUUGACUACUAUAACCGCCUCAUUAAUGGACUGGUUGCAAACAACAUCACUCCGAUGGUCACACUGUACCACUGGGACCUGCCACAAGCUCUGCAGGACAUUGGUGGCUGGGAGAACAGUGCACUGAUUGAACUGUUUGAUAGUUUUGCAGACUUCUGUUUCCAGACCUUUGGGGACAGGGUGAAGUUCUGGCUGACAUUCAAUGAACCCCAAGUCGUUGCCUGGGUUGGCUACGGCACUGAGAAAUUUCCACCCGGCGUCAAUGACCCUGGCAACGCUCCCUACAGGGUUGCGCACACCCUACUGAAAGCUCACGCCAGGGUCUACCACACAUAUGAUCGCAAAUAUAGAGCAAGUCAGGGAGGGAUCAUUUCUCUGAGCCUUAACGUCGAGUGGACUGAGCCGAAGACACCAAGCGACCCCAGGGACAUAGAAGCUGCAGACAGGUACAUGCAGUUUUUGUUGGGGUGGUUUGCACACCCGAUCUUCAAAAAUGGGGACUAUCCUGACGUCAUGAAAUGGACAGUUGGGAACAGGAGCGAGCUCCAGAACCUACCAUCGUCCCGCCUACCGGUUUUCACAGCUGAGGAGCGUGAAUACAUCAGGGGCACGGCAGACGUUUUCUGUUUCAACACCUACACCUCCAAAAUUGUAACCCACGCAACAACCCGACUGAAGCCCUUCUCUUAUGAGUAUGACCAGGAAAUGUCAGUAGAGGUUGACAGCUCCUGGCCUUCCUCAGCAGUUGCUGGACUUCGGGCUGUGGCGUGGGGGAUGAGGAGGCUGCUGAACUGGAUCAAAGAGGAAUAUGGAAAUCCCCCAAUGUACGUCACUGAGAACGGGGUGGGGAUAAAGACCAAGUCAGAUGUUGAUGACAAUGCCAGGAUAUUUUACUACAAAACGUACAUUGACGAAGCUCUAAAAGCUUACAAGCUGGAUGGUGUUAAUCUGCGAGGAUACGUCGCUUGGUCUUUCAUGGAUAGCUUUGAAUGGUUGAAUGGGUAUGAUCCAAGGUUUGGAUUGCACCAGGUUGAUUUUGAUAAUCCCAACAGGCCAAGAACCCCAAAGCGCUCUGCUGUGUACUAUUCAGAAAUCAUCCGCAAUAACGGUAUCCUGUUGCCCAAAGAAGAUGAAUUUUUAUACGGGGAGUUUCCAAAGAACUUUUGUUGGAGCGUAGCAACUGCAGCAUAUCAGAUUGAGGGAGCAUGGAGAGCAGAUGGGAAAGGACUUAGCAUUUGGGACCAGUAUUCUCACACUCCCUUGAAAAUCAGCAAUGAUGAUAACGGAGACAUAGCUUGUGACAGCUACCACAAGAUUGAGGAGGACGUGGAAAUGCUGAAGAGCCUCAAGGUGUCCCACUAUCGCUUUUCGAUCUCCUGGUCACGCAUUCUCCCGGAUGGGACCACCAGCUACGUCAAUGAAGCGGGACUGAACUACUAUGAAAGGUUUAUUGAUGCUCUUCUGGCAGCUAACAUUACGCCUCAGGUAACUCUCUAUCACUGGGACCUGCCGCAGGCGCUGCAGAACAUCGGGGGCUGGGAGAACGACACUAUAGUUCAGAGGUUCAAAGAGUAUGCUGAGCUCCUUUUCCAGAGACUGGGAGAUAAAGUGAAGUUUUGGAUAACCAUCAAUGAACCCUACAACGUGGCACAGUAUGGCUAUGGCACAGGCACAGCCGCUCCAGGUAUCUCCCUUAGGCCAGGGCGAGCCCCCUACGUUGUGGGGCACAACCUAAUAAAGGCUCAUGCCGAAGCCUGGCACGUGUACAAUGAGACCUACCGUGCAAAACAAGGAGGAUUAAUCUCUAUUACCAUCAACUCUGACUGGGCAGAGCCAAGGAACCCGUACAAGCAGGAAGACCGUGAUGCUGCCAGACGAUACGUGCAGUUUCUUGCAGGUUGGUUUGCUCAUCCUAUUUUCAAAAAUGGCGAUUAUAACGAAGUGAUGAAAACAAGGAUUCGGGAACGCAGUCUGGCUCAAGGCCUGAGCAAGUCACGCCUGCCAGAAUUUACUGAAAGUGAAAAGCAGAGAAUUAAAGGCACAUAUGACUUCUUUGGUCUAAAUCAUUAUACUACAGUUUUAGCAUACAACUUAAACUAUCCUGCUGCUCUUGCGUCCUAUGACUCUGAUAGGGGCGUCGCCUCAGUAACAGACCGCAGCUGGCUGGGCUCUGGUUCCUUCUGGUUAAACGUGACGCCCUUUGGCUUCCGAAAGCUCUUGAGAUGGCUAAAGGAAGAGUAUGACAACCCUCCAAUUUAUGUGACUGAAAAUGGGAUUUCAGAAAGGGGAGCUGUAAACUUCAAUGAUACUUGGCGAAUGCAUUACCAUCGGCAUUAUAUUAACGAAGCCCUAAAAGCUGUUGUGCUUGAUGGCGUUGACCUGCGAGGCUACACCGCCUGGACGUUGAUGGACAACUUUGAGUGGGCGGUGGGCUUUGCUGAAAGGUUUGGGCUCUAUCAUGUGAAUCGCACAGACCCCAACUUGCCGCGACUCCCCAAGGCUUCUGCCAGGUUUUACUCGCAGAUCAUAAGCUGCAAUGGCUUUCCAGACCCAGCAACUGGCCCCCAUCCCUGUCUGGAACCAGAGCCUGACGGUAAGUAAGUAAGUGACACAGCGGAACUAGUAUGUGGGUAGGUGUGGGCAUUUCUUACCGUAAUCCCAUAAGAUUCCCAUAAUCUGUGGUCUUGAAGGAAAUGAACAUCUUAAGGGCUCUGGUUUUAAGGGCACUGAUUAAUCAUCAGGCUUUAUUAUCACUGAGGAUUUUUAAUGCAGAAUUAGGUCACUUACUUACUUCUGUAUGAGACUCUAGACCAGUUUGAAAAUAUUUUGUGUGGUAACAUACCUAGCUGCAUGCCUAGUCCCCCAAAGGCAGUAAAAAGCUCA